AUGGCAAAUCCAGCAGAAUUUUUGGCAAUUGAACAAAUUAGAAUGCAUCUUCUGGGGGAGUUUUCUCCAACAGAGCUCUCGUUUGCUGUUGAGAUCGAAAGAACUAGUAGCAUAAAUUCGUCAGUUUCGAGCUCUCAAUUUGACAAUUCAGUUUCGAUGUCUGAUUAUUUUAUGAAUCUUGAGCAGAAUGAUUUUGAUUUUAGCGACUUUUCAAGCCCUGAGUAUGUAGAUUUGGGGCAAAAUCAAUUAAAUCCUCCAGUUAUAGACCUCACUACACCAAACGCGCAAAAAUUGACUGAGAGCAAGCUUUCGUUGAAGAUUGAAUUGUUGGAAGUAAAGAAAUUCAACUGGAUCGACUACUCCGAGUCGACUCAUUUGAACUCGGGGGCGAUGGUGUAG